AGCUCCAAACUGGGAACAGCCCCUCCCCUCUAGACCAGGAGCAUCAGCAUCCUCAGCCCAUAAUUAGUGUCAUAAGCGGAGCAGAGGUUGGGAGGGUGAGAACAUCCAACACGCCCUGCAGAGGGACAGGGGAUGGGGAUGAGGAGCUGGGAUUUUGGGUUCUCCUCAGCCAGGGCUUGGGCUCAGCAGGAAUUGACCUCUCUGCUUGGCAUGCUCCAGUUUCUGGGUCCCCACCCCGGCGAGGGAGUUUCUCUGUCAGCUCUGAAAUCCAGGAGGGUCUGACAGGGCCGAAAGGCUGUGAUGAAGAACCAGGGGGUGGAGACCAAAGGAGCCCCACGUCCCUCUGGUGCUUCCAAAUCGAGCAGCGGGAUGGGGCUGGAGGAGGGAGACUCACCUGAGGCUGCAGCACCCCCAGAAGCUCCCCUCACUCAGGAGGACUCCAAGUCCUCCCGGGACGUGUCUGAGGAGCUGAGCCGGCAGCUGGAGGACAUCCUGAGCACCUACUGUGUGGAUGCCAGCCAGGAGGGCCCGGGGGAGCCCCCUGAGCCCGAGGAGCCCGACAAGGGCCGGCCCGAGUCCCCCCGCAACGGGGAGCAGGAGCCGGGAGGCCCCGAGAUGAACGGCGAGAAGGAGAACUCCAAGGGCACCGAGGAGGGCGGGGACAGGGACCAGAAGAAGGCUCAGGAGAAGAAGAAAGCCAAGGGUUUAGGCAAGGAAAUCACUUUGCUGAUGCAGACACUGAACACCCUGAGCACGUCAGAGGAGAAGCUGGCAGCGCUGUGCAAGAAAUACGCUGAGCUGCUGGAAGAGCACCGUAACUCGCAGAAGCAGAUGAAGAUCCUGCAGAAGAAGCAGACACAGCUGGUGCAGGAGAAGGAUCACCUGCAGAGCGAGCACAGCAAGGCCAUCCUGGCCCGGAGCAAACUGGAGAGCCUGUGCCGGGAGCUCCAGAGGCACAACCGCACCCUCAAGGAGGAGGGCGUGCAGCGCGCGCGGGAGGAGGAGGAGAAGAGGAAGGAGGUGACAUCCCACUUCCAGGUGACGCUGAACGACAUCCAGCUGCAGAUGGAGCAGCACAACGAGAGGAACUCCAAGCUGCGCCAGGAGAACAUGGAGCUGGCAGAGAGGCUCAAGAAGCUCAUCGAGCAGUACGAGCUGCGGGAGGAGCACAUUGACAAGGUGUUCAAGCACAAGGAGCUGCAGCAGCAGCUGGUGGAUGCCAAACUCCAGCAGGCCCAGGAGAUGCUGAAGGAGGCAGAGGAGAGGCACCAGCGGGAGAAGGACUUUCUGCUGAAGGAAGCUGUGGAAUCCCAGAGGAUGUGUGAGCUGAUGAAGCAGCAGGAGACCCACCUCAAGCAGCAGCUGGCUCUCUACACAGAGAAGUUUGAGGAAUUCCAGAACACCCUCUCCAAAAGCAGUGAAGUGUUCACAACGUUUAAACAGGAGAUGGAGAAGGUGGGUGACACUUCUGCUGUCCUGGCUCUCCUCAGUGUGAGCUGCAAGAGCCACAGCUCCGUCGUUCUGUUUAAUUUGGGGUCUGUGCCAGGGGAGGGGGUGGCACCUUGAGGACAUGUGGGAUGU